AUGGCAGGUUUUGCUUGUGCUCAUGCAGAGAAGAGGCAUCGCCUGGAUAGAACUUUGAACGGUCUUACCAAGAAGGGCUACGUGGGAAGCUGUUGCGCCAAGGACAAGCCGUUCAGCUUCAGCGCCCUGUUAUUUCCUCAAGGUUUGAGCGGCAAGAUGCUCUACGUGAAGCUUGUCCUCCUCAUCCUCAUGUGCGGCUCCUUCAUGGGCCUCCUCCACUCGCCGUCGAUCCACCAUGGCGGCGACCAACGCAGCACACAGUCGCCUGAGAUGUCAACGGUGAUGCGGACGUCCGACGCCGGCGAGCCGGACUCGGGUUACACGUCGGACCUGAGGGUCGACUGGUCGAGCGUCUCCAUGGCGGUGCAACGGGUCGCUCGAGAGGGAGAUGGUGGACUGCGCGUGGGGAUCCUGAACUUCGACGGCGAUGAGAUGGACCAAUGGAGGGCGCUGCUGCCGGCGGCCGCCGCGGUGCACCUGGACCGCGUCGCGGGGAACGUCACCUGGGCGCACCUCUACCCGGAGUGGAUCGACGAGGAGGAGCUGUACCACGCGCCGGCGUGUCCGGACCUGCCGGAGCCGUCGCCGGCCCCGGAGGGAGGGUACGACGUCGUCGCCGUGAAGCUCCCGUGCAGUGGCGCGGCGGGCUGGUCCAAGGACGUGCCGCGGCUGCACCUGCAGCUGGCCGCGGCGCGGCUCGCCGCGGGCCGGUCGGAGGAGCAUGGCCGGCGCGCGGCGGCGCACGUGAUCGUCGUCAGCCGGUGCUUCCCGGCCCCGAACCUAUUCAGGUGCAAGGACGAGGUCAUGCGUGACGGCGACGUGUGGCUGUACCGGCCGGACAUGGGCGAGCUCCGGCAGAAGCUCGCCCUCCCCGUCGGAUCUUGCAGGCUCGCCAUGCCGCUCAGAGCACUCGGGGAGGCGUACGUGUCUGCGGCGCCGCGGCGGGAGGCGUACGCGACGAUCCUCCACUCGGAGCAGUUGUACGCGUGCGGCGCCAUGGUGGCGGCGCAGAGCAUCCGGAUGGCGGGGUCGGACCGGGACAUGGUGGCGCUGGUGGACGAGACCAUCAGCGAGCGGCACCGGAGCGCGCUGGCGGCGGCCGGGUGGAAGGUGCGGACGAUCCGGCGGAUCCGGAACCCGCGCGCGUCGCGGGACGCCUACAACGAGUGGAACUACAGCAAGUUCUGGCUGUGGACGCUCACCGAGUACGACCGGGUGGUGUUCCUCGACGCCGACCUGCUGGUGCAGCGCCCCAUGGAGCCGCUCUUCGCCAUGCCGGAGGUGAGCGCCACGGGGAACCACGGCACGGUCUUCAACUCGGGCGUCAUGGUGGUGGAGCCCUGCAACUGCACCUUCCGGCUGCUCAUGGACCACAUCGCCGACAUCCAGUCCUACAACGGCGGCGACCAGGGGUACCUCAACGAGGUCUUCUCCUGGUGGCACCGCCUGCCGUCGCGCGCCAACUACAUGAAGCACUUCUGGGAGGGCGACACCGCCGAGCGCGCCGCCGCCAAGCGCCGCGUCCUCGCCGCCGACCCGCCCGCCGUCCUCGCCGUGCACUUCGUCGGGAUGAAGCCCUGGUUCUGCUUCAGGGACUACGACUGCAACUGGAACGCGCCCGAGCUCAGGCAGUUCGCCAGCGACGAGGCGCACGCGCGCUGGUGGACCGCGCACGACGCCAUGCCGCCGCGCCUCCAGGGCUUCUGCCUCCUCGACGAGAGGCAGAAGGCGCUGCUGCGGUGGGAUGUCGCCGAGGCUAGGAAGGCCAACUUCUCCGACGGCCACUGGAGGGAGAGGAUCACCGAUCCCCGCAAGACCAUCUGCGCCGGCGCCGGCGCCGGCGUGGAGGGGUGCCGCAGGAGGGAGAUCAAGGGCAGGCGGGUGGAAGGGAACAGGGUCACCACGUCCUACGCCAAGCUCAUCGACAACUUCUGA